GGGCACCCUCCGACACGCCCGGAAGAAACCCGAAGAAACGGCGCCAUGGCGGCGGUGGAAGUCCUGACGGAGGAUGACCUGGUGAACGGCUGCGUGCUGGGACCACACGGCUAUGUGUAUCGCCCACCGCCGCCCUCAAAGCAGCUGACCAUCGAGAUGCAGGUCUCGGUCACCGAGUGCAAGAAUUGGCGCGAGGUCUUGGGUGUGGUAGAGAACCUGGGGGACUUGUUCGACUCCCGGAACACCUCUACUGCAGUGCACCGCGUGGCCAAAUCCAGUGUGGAGCUGGGCGAGGCCAAGCUGGCGCUGGCGGACUACCGCUUCCCGCGGCUGCUGCAGCUGCUGAAGGCCAAGUGCAAGGACCUCUCUGCCUGGGGUUUGUCUGAUGCCACUUGGGGUCUUGCGAAGAUGCAGUGCCGAGACGAGGAGAUCUUUACGCGUCUCUCGCAACGGGCUCAGCAGAUCAUCCAGGAGCUGGACCCCCAGGGCCUGGCCAUCGUGGCCUGGUCCUUCGCCACCAUCGGGCGCCGGGAGGAGGAGCUCUUGGCGCAGAUCGCCGCGGCGAGCCGCGGGAAGCUGGAUGCCUUUGGCGUGCAGAACAUCUCGAACCUGAUCUGGGCCAACGCGACUCUAGGCGUGCGCGCGGACGCGCUGCACGCGGACCUGCUGCGGGAGUCCUUGUCGCGCUUGGAGGACUUCACCACACAGGAGCUGGCCAUCGUGAAUUGGGCCUUUGCGAAGCUCGCAUACCCGGUGGGCGACGAGUGGAAGGCUGCCAUACGAGGCCGCGUCAUGCGUCUCAAGGAGUACGCGCCUUCUGAGCUGUCGAUGAUCGCUUGGGCUCUGGCGACCAGGGGUGACUACGACCCGGACCUGCUGGCCUACGUGGCCCGGCGCUCCAUGGAGCUGAUGCGCAGCUUCACGGGCCAGAACUUGGCCACCAUCAUUUGGGCCAUCGCCACCAUCUCCUACAAGGACGACCCCUCCAUCGACGAGUUCUUGCGCAUGGCGCUGGGGGCUAUCAUCGCGAGGUCCAACGAGUUCCAGCCGCUGAACAUCGCGCUGAUCAGCUGGGGCCUCGCGAAGCUGAGCUUCAAGGCGGAGGCGGCCUUCGAGGCGCUCUGCGACGCGGCGGCGCAGCAGAUCGACGCCUUCGUGCCGCAGAACUUGGUGCAGGUUCUGUGGGCCUGCGGCACGGCAGGCUACAAGCACGAGUCCUUCCUGCGGGGAGCCGCGCGGGUGGCCAAGCGCAGCGUGCAGGACUUCUCAUCGCAGCACCAGAGCAACUUCCUCUGGGCCUGCGCGAGGCUGGGCUUCAAGGACGACGUCGAGCUUCUACGCUGCAUGGCGCAUGCUGCCGGCAGGAAGAUGCACGAGGGGAGCCCUCAGCAUCUGUCGAACAUCGCCUGGGCGGCCAGCCAGCUGGGCCCAGAGAACUUCCAGGAAUGCCUUACUGCCGUGGUGCGGGAGACUUCCCGCCGCAUCGGGGAGUUUGAUCCGCCUUCUAUCAUGAUGCUGAGCGACUCGCUCUACGAGGCCAACUUCCGGGCGGAAGGGGAGCUGAUGCAGACGCUGCGGCAGCAGGUCUUCCGCUACGGCCAGGAGCUGUACCAGCUCUUCACCGCCGGCCUGCCGCAGCGCCGGGGGCUCGGGGAUGCGCAGGAGUACCAGCGGCGCUUGCGGGGCCUGGGGCUCACGACUUUUGGCUACGAGCACACGGCGUCCCUCUUCCGGGAUCUGGGGCUCUGCGAGGGCCAACCCUGGGAGGUGAAGGAGGCCAUGGCCAUGCCAGGCUGGACCACCAACGCACGGCGCACCACCGUGGCGCGGCGCUAUCGCCUGCGAGUGGGCAGCCAGGAUCUUGAGGACCCGGGGACCAUCUUCACCAGCGCAUUCGCCUCGGCCCAGGAGGACGCCCAGGCCGACUUCGUGGUGGUGUGGCUGGGCCAGGGCAAGGCGGACUCCCCCGCCGUGGGCCGGGCGGGCCGCAGCGGCGACGCGGAGUGCCGGGCUUUGCUGGCGACCCAUGAGAUGCUGAAGAAGGUCACCCAAGAGGAGGGCCAGGAAGUGAGUGGCCAGGUGGCCUUCCACACCAGCGGGGUGCCUUGUCUCAGCUGUGUGGGUGUGGCGGCGCAGUUCAAGCGCAACUACCCCAAGGUCGGCUUCUGCUUCACCUUCAUGAACCGCCCUCUCUCCGAGCGAGAGGAGGGUGCGGACCCGGCGAUGGGGGUCCCCAACGUCGCCAUGGCGCCCAAGACCCCCCGGGCCGGCCUCAAGGAUGCCCCGGUCGACGCGGAGACGAGGAGCGAGGUGCGGGAUUCGCCGGCAGGCGCUUGGGAUAACUACCGCAGGUGACGAGACCGCCCUCCGUGCGGCCUGGCCACGAAGCACCGCCGCCUUUCGGCGCGGAGCUCAACGAAGCGGGGCGGAGCUUUCGGCGGCGCUUUCGGCGGCGCGUCGAGCGCGCAGAAGCUGAGCUGUCGGGGGCCGGCGCUGGCGGUUUGGGGCGGAAGUGGCAAAGAUCCCUUCGCUCGCCCUAGGGAGGCAACGAG